UUCAAGAUGGCCGCCGGCGCGCCCCGUUCCCGGCGCGCGGCCCUGGGCGGAGGCGCCGCGCUCACUUCCGGCCCGCUGGCAAGAUGGCUGCGCCCAGGGCUGGUUUUCAGCCUCGUGAGCGGCAGGAUGGGGAACGCGACGAGGACUGGGAGGCGGUGGCGCCCAAGCGGCCCCGGUUCGGGGCGGGCAGCAAGAGUGGAAGCCGCAGGCUCAUUGUGGUGCUGGAAGGGGCCAGUCUGGAGACAGUCAAGGUCGGGAAGUCUUACGAGCUCCUCAACUGCGACAAGCACAAGUCGAUGCUCUUGAAGAACGGCCGGGACCCCGGGGAAGUGAGGCCGGACAUAGCCCACCAGAGCCUGCUGAUGCUGAUGGACAGCCCCCUGAACCGGGCCGGCCUGCUGCAGGUGUACGUGCACACGCAGAAGAACGUGCUCAUCGAGGUCAACCCCCAGACGCGCAUCCCUAGGACCUUCGAGCGGUUUUGUGGCCUCAUGGUUCAGCUUUUACACAAACUCAGUGUUCGAGCAGCUGACGGCCCCCAGAAGCUCUUGAAGGUCAUCAAGAACCCCGUGUCCGACCACUUCCCCGUGGGCUGCAUGAAGAUCGGCACCUCGUUCUCUGUCCCGACCGUCAGCGACGUGCGAGAGCUGGUGCCCAGCAGUGACCCCAUCGUUUUCGUGGUGGGCGCCUUUGCCCACGGCCAGGUCAAGGUGGAGUACACGGAGAAGAUGGUGUCUAUCAGCAACUACCCGCUCUCCGCUGCCCUCACCUGCGCAAAAGUCACCACCGCCUUUGAGGAGGUCUGGGGGGUCAUCUGAGAGCCGGACUGGGGGCUCGGCCACGCAGGCCCUGGACUGAUGGCUGCUUGGCACGGAGGCGGGGGUGGGGUCUCCGAGGCUGUAUAUUCGCCGUAUUUCCUUGUAUAAACGCUCGUUUUUACAAACUCGCUAGUCCCGGAGACU